AUGUCUCAAGAUAUGGAAUCUCAAAAUGAGUCCAUCUCAGGUUCAUCAGUCCCGGCUGAUUCCAAGAUUGACCACGCUGCAUCCAUUCGGUACUGGAGUAGCCUCCCCAGUACCUCAAGCAACAUGCUUGGCAUGCUGGGCCAAUAUCCGUGGUACUCGCGUAUCGAAUUGCAAGGAUCCAAGAACUUUCUGAGCAAAGUUCGUCGACUCCUGCCCACAGUGCCGUCUGGUGGGCAAUUCCGCCAGGGCGUGGACUGCGGUGCCGGUGUCGGGCGUGUGACGGAAGGCUUUCUCCGUCAUGUAUGCACAGUGGUCGAUGCGGUUGAGCCAGUGCCCAAAUUUACUCAGGUGCUGCAGGAAGGACCGCUCAAGAAAGACGGGGUGGUGGGUGACAUUUACACCGUGGGGUUGGAAAACUGGUAUCCAGAGAAAAAAUACGACUUGAUCUGGACCCAGUGGUGCGUGGGUCAUCUCACAGACGCGCAACUCGUUCAGUAUGUCUCUCGGUGUCGGGAGGCUUUGACGGAGACGGGCUUAAUGGUGGUGAAAGAGAAUCUGUCCACUUCGCCCAACGAGCAAGACAUGUAUGAUGAUGAGGACAGCAGCGUCACUCGGACGGAUGCCAAAUUCAAGCAAAUCUUCGAAGAGGCUGGAAUGACGGUCAUCAAGGCGGAGAUUCAGACUGGCUUCCCAAAGCAGUUUAAGCUUCUGCCUGUCAAGUCGUAUGCCUUGCGACCCAAAGUGUGA